AUGUCCUCACGCGAGGCGGCGGGCAAUGAUCCGGACGAACUGACUUCCCCGCCCGAGUUUGUGGAGUUGAUGGCUCUAGAACGACUCGAUGAUAUAAAAGUGUCACACGCCGGCGCGGUCGAGGCAGAAAGAGUCGAACGUUUCCGUUCAUUGGCUGCUCCAUAUCUUCCCGGCGACGGUACUCUCUCAUUUGGGGGCCAUGUAUAUGCCCAGUCUGCGUACGCUGCAUCGAAAACCGUCGGGAAAGGAUUUGUGGUUCAUAACAUGACGGGUACAUUUAUUUUGGGCGGCCGGCAGGGCGUUCCUUAUGUAUACACCGUACGGCAUGUUCGAGAUGGCUUCAUGUAUUGCACACGGGCAGUUGAUGCUCGGCAAGAUGGCAAAAUCUGCUUCUCGUGCCUUUGUUCAUUCAAGCGCGAUGAGAAUAGGCGGGAUUUCCACCAUCAACCUGCACCGGUGCAGGAGCGGUUUCGAGAAGUGUUAUCGGCCAAACGACCCGAAGACCAGCCCGUCAGUCCCAGUGUUGAUGCUGAAUGGUGGAUUCGAAGCGUUCAACAAGGACAUAUAGAAGAGCGAAAAUUUCCCGGUCUCGACGUGCGGAAAACCAACAUGAUGGACUACAACAAAACCAAGGACACUCAGAGAGACACCCAGAAAGGUGAUCCUACGAAAUACCGUCAAUUGACACAGUACCGUCUCAAGGGAUCUCCAGACGAAGAUCCUACUGCAACGCUCUCUCAGAUUAAAGAGAGAGACCAGGAUGGUGAAUACGACAAUCUCUAUGCCUGUGCACACAUGUACUCCAGCGACAAAAACUCUCUUCUUUUGAUUCCGCGUGCUCUUGGAAUCAAGCAUUGGACCGAAAUGUGCAGUCUUACAUUGACCGUGAUUGUCCACCAGCAUGGCGAGGCAUUACGGAUGAUUGACUGGGAUGCCUCCGCCCGCAAUGACUCUGGAUUACGGAUGAAGUGGUUUAUACAGGAGGGCUGGACGCCUCGAUCGGCAGAGAAUAGAGCUGUGCAUGAAAGCCACUUGUGGAGUCCUGAUGGCACUUUGGUCGCCACAUCAUUGCAGGACGGUCUGCUCAGGUUGCGGAAAUUUGACCGUGCGGGCAAUCUAUAA